UCUACCUAGUAGUACUAACCUAGGUAUGUACAUUACACGCAACGCGGUUUUCGCGCCGUCACCAACACCAAAUAAAUGCCAAGCAUCUUCAAUCUUCAAUGUUACCCGUAGUCCUGCCGACUCACCUACGAAUCUUCAUAGUUGCAGAUAGAGUACCCAAGUACGUUCAAUGUUUUCUGUACCAACAUUGAAUCCAUUUCGUUUGCCAAUAAAACAAACACCAAAUUAAAUGUUGAUCUUAUCGUCAAUAAAACAAAUAUCAAAAUAAAACUGACUACUUCGUACAUAGUAGAUAUCUGAUAUCUAGGCGUAAUUGCGCAUAGUACAUACGACCACUAAUAUGUGCAUGCUAGCCUAGGUGCUAGGUAACAUUCAGCAAUGUCUCGAAAUCGAGAUAUCAGAGGCUUCUUCGGCAAGCCUGCCGACUCUAGCAGUUCUGAACCCAAGCGGAACAAAUCCUCACAUCCCAUGCUAGAUCCCCAGCCAGCACCCUCAAUCCCUGGGACCCCCCCACAACUAACAUCUAAACCUCGAGAUCGGACCGAUGAGAUCAAAGGCUCCGACGAUGAAGACGAUGACUCGGACGACUCACUUGAGUCCAUUUCCGUCUUCAUCGAACGAAAGCAUGGCCCUAUAACUUAUAAACGAGAUACAAAUAUAACUUCGACACCCAAGGCCAAGAGAGUUGCAACUAAUUCCACAUACAAAUCCCCAUUGACUAUACAACCCAAACACAAAUUCGAUCUCAAGUAUUUGGUCAAUCAUGCCCGGCAAUCUGACAAGGCCGAUGAAAGCGCUAGACGAGCCGAUGAACUCAUCAACCAGAGCGAUGACGAUGGUGAUGAUGAUGACCAAAACCAAUUCCUAGCUGACGUGCAGAACGACCCAGCAUUAUUGCAGAAAACCGCCAAGGAUCUUCUCGACAAUGAUGAUGAGGACGCCAAAGGUGAUAAGCUCAUGAGAGCCAUGAACCGCACCAAGGUCGUCGGACCUCAUAGCACCUGCUACUUCUUCAGCCUGGAGCCAUCUCCACUGAAACCUUCCAGAUGGCCUUUUCCACACAGGGCGGCAACGGGGUGCUGGCGUUGUCUUGCCAACUCGCAAACGCGGGACCAAGCCUUCAUCCACGGGCUGCCGCAUACCAUCGUAACCAAAGGCCAUGCUCUCCCAGAUGAGCUAUUCCUGUGGAUCCUAGACGAGAUUUGCAUCGAGAGAAAUGCUCAACUGCGUGCCCAGUAUUGCAACCUGGUGGCCAUGCGGCCUGAUAGCAUCACCCGCCUGGUCACGGAUGUACGGUUGUACUCUAUGCUUGAGAAAAUAGGCGGCCCUAAAUACCCCCGAGAGAACAGCAACACGAAGCUUCCAACUUACUCUAAGUUGGAGAAUCCGUAUCCUCGAAAGGACUGGGGAGGUCUCGCCGCGUUUCUGGAAUUGCUCGAACGCAUAGCCCCGGAACUGAGCAUAUCCAACAGGAUAGGGGCUAUCCAGCUAUUACUACGUCUAGCUCUCGAUCCCGUUGCGAGCAUUGCGGUGCCUUCCGAGCACGCUGCGGCCAUGCAAGCACUCGUCAAGACACUGCCUAAGCAGAGGACACGCCAGUGGAAUGAGAUCUGCGUGAAACUAUCAACCUACGUCUACGAAAUCGUCGACAGCCCCCUCCAUUACGUGGCGGCAAUCAGCCACAUGCCCAGGGGCAACUCCAAGGCCCUCGACCUCCGCCAGCGCAUGGCGGCCGCAGCUCUAUUCCAGGACGUGAGUCUGAGCCGCCAGCCCGUCAACGAGCCCCUCAAGCUCGACGCCAUCAUGUCCCGGCUAGACGAGGACGACUUCCGCGUCAACGGCUCCACGGACUUCGAGAACCUGCGCUCCCUCGUCAUGCUCCUCGACAUCGUCAUCGACAACGCCAGCUUCCUCCACCCCAAAGAACCCCAACCCGCCCAAGCCCCCCUCCCCCAAAAAGAAAACCACGUCGUCAGCAGCAGCACCACCACCACCACCACCACCACCGAGGCAGACUUCGACACCGCCAUCGACCGCCUCACCUUCCGCCUCAAGCUCAUCCACGACAAGAUCCACGACAGCAACCAGCUGGCGCGCAAGGUCACCAAGUCCUCCAUCGACCUCGUCGCCAAGCGCCUCACCUACGCCGUGCGCACGCGGCCCCCGCCCAAGACCAGCAUCUUUGACUUGGAUCCCUCCUCCUCCGCCGCCGCCAAACAGGAGGACGAGAACGCGCCCAGGCAGAGGGCCUUCAUGAAGAAUUGGAGCUUGAAGAGGACCAUGGAGAAUAAGGAAAAGGAGAAAGGGAAGGAUGUUGAGGAUGUUGAGGUUGGGGGUGGUGGUGGUGCGGGUAGGAGUGCUAAUGGGAAUGGAAAUGGGGAUGCGAAUGGUGAUAAGGAGAAGAAGAAGAAGAACGGCAACGAGGGCGUAGGAGGUUCUAAUGGUGGCAAGUGAAAGAAAGGAACGAAUUGAACUAAUGAACGAAUUGCUUUGAAUUUUACGUAUACAUAAUACUCUGUGUGUGUACCUACCUACAUACCCUAGGCAUAUCAA